GACUAAUCCAUGAGCUUCCUGGCUCGUUAGCGGUUUGGACCAAUCUACCAGCAUGAACUUGUAACCCGCACAAUGAUGCAUACUACUGAUGCGUUUGCAAAUGUUUGCAUUAGCAACUAGUUGGAGCGUCGUGGUGUUCGCAAGUGCAAGCCAAGGCGCGUCACCGCAUUUAUUCAGCUGGCUUUCGGGGCCCAGUCAAUGAUCUUCAUAGCAUAUAAUAUCGCUUCCUAAUACUUGUGACUGGUUCUGCUGACAGUGAGCGCCGAUGCCGCGACAGGCAUUAGCCUGCUGGCGUCCGUGCUGCAGAGCAGCUUCUACCCGCCAGCAGUAGGCGCAGCUCACCCGUAUGGGGGUACGCAGGUUCCCGGGCGGAUCCGCGCGGCGCUGCUGCCCCGGCGAGGCGAACCCUGCUCGAACUGGUCCCGCCCGACAGCAUAGGUCCCGCCGAAGGUCGGCGCCACAGGCGCUGCGCCUGAGGUACCUGUUCCUGCUGGCGGCCGCUCUGGUGCUGGUGCUGCAAUGCAGCGGCCCACUGCUGCUGCCGCUGGCGAGGGCUGCGACCGCGCCUGGUGUUAGCGGGACCUCGUGCGCGGCAACUGGUAGUACCCAACCCUGCAGACCCGCCAACCCCAGCACGAGCAGCAGCAGCAGUAGCAGUACUCUGGGAACACUCACCACACCCGACACCGCUGCGACUCCCGCGCCUUCGGCCAACAAUCCUUCCGCCUCCGCCGGCAGUAGUGGCGGCGGCGCCGGCGGCACUGGCGGCACCGACGGCACAACCACCAACAGUUUCAUUGCAGCAGCCCCACCGGGGUCAUCGUCAGUCAGCGGGGACAGCACCGCUGUUAGCACCCAGGGCCCGACAGGAGCAGGCAUGCCUGCAACGCCGCCACCCUCAGCCCCCGCCGGCACCGGGGCAGCAGGGGCAGGGGCAGGCGCCCCAUCUGUCCCUGCGGCAACUGGCAGCAGCAGUAGCAGCAGCAACAGCACAACUAGUGGCGCAGCUGCAGGCGGGGCACGGCCAGCUAGCAUCGGCGGCUCCGGCGCCUGGGGCACCACGGCCGCUCCGCCGCCCGUACCGCCCCCUGGGACUCCGGCAGGCGGGUCUGCUGGCGGCGGGGCGGCCACGGGCACCCCGUCACCGCGCACUUCUUACAAGUCCUCCGCCUCCGCACCGCCAUCACCUAGCUUCGGCACCGGCGCCGGCGAGCAGCAGCAGCCCACCGCUGGGACACCCUCGCCCUCUCCCGGCUCCGCCUCCUCCGUUUCCGGCCUCAGCACCGCCGCGCUCUCCGCGCUGCUGGGCAUCCCACUCGCGCUGCUCGCCGACGCCAACCCCGCGGGUGUGCUGUCACUAACGCGCUCCGUGUCUGUGAGCGGUCAGGAACUGGCGGCGGGGCCCGUUGCCGACAUGACGGUGGCGGCGGCGGCGGCGCUGCCCGGCGCGGAGGCGGUGACGGAGGUUCUGGGGUGGCAGGUGACGGCACCUGUGGAGCUCGUGCCGCUGAGCGCGGCGGGCGCGGCGACGGGCGCGGCGGCGCCGUGUGAUGCGGUGGUGCUGGGCGGCCUCCAGAGCGAGUUCACCAAGCGCGCCAAGGAAAAGCUCAAGUCGGGCGGUGGCGGCGGCCCCUCCACCAAGGCCGCGUGCAGGCCCAAGAGCGGCGGCAGUCGCAACACGGGAGGCAGCAGUAGCAGUAGCAGUGGCAGUAGCAGUGGCAGUGGCAGCACCAGCGUCCGGCGUAGUGCUCGCGCGCUGCAUCAGGCUGCGGCCAUGACGGACCCGGCGGCGGUGUGCGGCGCGGCGCAGGCCUCGCCUGGCUCCACCACCUCCGUCGCCCUGACGCUGCUCGUGCCCGCCGACCCGCCCAACUCAACCACACCCACCACCAACACGACAACCAUGGCUACUGCCACGGCGACUGCCAACAGCAGUAGCAGUCGCAGUAGCAGUGGCGGCGGCGGCGACCUGCAGAGGGGCGUGUACAGCAUGCUGCAGGACUGGCAGGCGGAGGGCGCGUUGUUGACGGCGGCGGACGCGCAGCAGGUGCUGAUGUGCGUGCCGGCGGCCGUCACAGAUGUGAACGUCACCACACAGGUGCGUGCCACCUACAAGGUACCGCUGAGUGCCCUGGGGGCUGAGACCUACGCUGCCGCCUGCAGCAGCGGCGCCAGUGGUAGCAGCGUGCCCGGCGUCGCGGCCGGCGACACGUGCUCCGUGCUGUCGCCCGGCAGCCUUGGUGCCUCCACUCUAGACACUGGCGGUGGCAACGACCCUGGCGCCCCCGGUGCACCGCCGCCCGGCAUGAGCGGAGCCGUCGCUGCCUCGGGCGCUGGCGUUUCGCCGUCCUCUGGCAGCGGCGGCGGCGGCGGCGGCGCGAUCCUGCCGGUUGUUGUCGGCGUGCUUGUGGCGGUGGCAGUGGCGGGCGUGGUCGCGGCCGUCUUCAUCAUCCGCCGUUGCCGCCGCCGCCGCACGCGCGCCCGCGUGCUGGCCGAGCAGCUGGAGAAGCGCCGGGCGGAGCGGCAGGACCAGGACCUGGCGAAGGAGCAGCAGGAGCAGCAGGGGCAGCAGGAGAAGGAGAGGGAGCUGGGAGGAGCCGAUGUCGAUCUUGACACUCCAGGCGCCAGCACGGUUCAGGACUCGGGCUCCCGACCGUCAACGGCUUGCGGCAUCAUUACGGACAUCAGUGCCCGCGCAUCCCCCCUGCCGUACAACACAGACCCCGCCAUAUUCGCCGCCGCCAGCGCUGGACCAAGCCUAAUUAAGCUCGACGGUUCCGGUGCUGCUGCGUCGCUGGCGGCGGCUCUGGCUGUGGCGGCGCCGACAGCGCCUCAGUCCGUCGCCACAUCGCCCGCGGCUGCCACCGCCUCCACCAGCCCCGCCGCGCUUAUGAGCAACACCAGCAGCCCUGCCGCUCGCAUUGACACCGGAGGCACUCCCGCCGCGCGUCUAAGCAAUGGCGGCGGCGGCGGCGCCGCGUUACCUCCCUUCGCUGCCCGUGGGGGCAGCGGCGGUGGCGGCGGGAGUGAUGCAGAGUCGGCAGCGGCGCCACUGCACCACACGCGCGGCCGUGCGCCGAUGGUCCUCACCGGGCGCGCUCUGCUUGCGCGCCGCGGCUCAGGUGCCUCCAUUAAGCAGCGCCUCAUGCACACGCUCACAGGCGGCGCUGGUGGCGGCAGCGGCCUGAACUCUGUGUGCCCCUCCGACUUCGACGAGGAACGCGCCGACAUGAACACGGCGACCAGCCAUGGCUACAACGGCUUCGGCGGUGCCAUGACACACGAAUCCACGGCCGGCGCCGGAAGCCGCCCUCCGGUCGGCGGAGACGGCGUGGCGGGCACGGCGUCAGACACGGCCCUCAUUGCCAUGUUUGGAGGCGGCCUCGGCGGCGCCGCCACGCCCGCCGCCGCCGCGGCGUCGGCGGCGGCACGCACGGCCUCGCUUUCCGACACGCUGGCGAGGCAGGUGUACUCCAACCCGUGCAGCGGCUCGGCGGAGCCGCCGCCGCCGCAGCUGGCCGACUGCCGUACCAGCACUGCCAAGCGCAAGGCGUGGCUGCUCGGCGGCGGCGGCGGCGGUGGCGGCGGCGGCAGCGACGCCGACGGUGAUUCGCAGCUGGUGGCGCGCGGCAGCUACCCAGGCGUGGGGUACCUCGACGAAGGGCGCGCCCAGAUAGUGAGGCCGCAGCCUUCACAGCAGCCGCAAGCAGCGCCGGCCGUGGUGACCGACGCUGUGAGCUCCUUCGUCACGCCGCUCACGUCGCUCACGGUGUCGCCGGCGGGCGCCAUGGCAGCGUCGGCGGCCGCUGCUGCGCACGUGCGUGCCCAUCGGGCGGUGGCGACGAGCGACCCGCCCGGCCCCGCCUCGGCGCCGGCGGUCCUGCACGUGCUGCUCCCUACCUCCAGCAGCGUUAGGGAGGCGCGGCUGGCGGCGGAGAUUGUUGCGGCAGCAUCACCGCCGGGCAUGGCCGUCUCGCCUCGCAAGAGCGCGGCGGCGGCGGUUGUCGCGGCCGCCGCCGCCACCGCAGCCGGCGCUGCCGGCAGCGGCCCUGCCGCCCUUAUGGCCGCGGCAACGCUGCCGCCGCCGAUGGCGGUGCUGGCCGCAGAGCGUAUAUCGCUUGACGCCACCACCACCACCACGACCACCACCGCCGCCGCCAACACCCACCGCGUGUCCAGGACAGGCAGCUUGGUAUCCUCUUCGUGCAACACGCCCACCGUCACGUCGGCUGAGGCGCCGGCGUCUGAGGCGCCGGCGGCGCAGGUGCUGCGGCUCAGUCCGCCGCCGCAGGCGGCGGCUGCAGCGGCAGCCGCCGCGCUAGCGGCCCCGCCGAUGCGGCUGGUGCUGGCGGCUGGGACGCCGCCAUCGGCGACGCCGUCACCGCUGCUGCCUCUGCUGCACGCCGACCGGCUAAUGGGCUCUCCUGUGUACGGCACGCUGGACGUCAUGUCGGACAAUGAAGAGCUCGACACGCCCUCGCCGACCGUGCUGCCGCGGCCCCCGACCCCGCCGCGCUCGCGCCGCCCCAAGACGCCGGCGGCGGCCGCGCAAGCCGCCGCCGCCGCCGCGGCGGCGGUGAUGGAGCAGCAGGUCGAGGAACGCCUUUUCCACCACCAGCAGCAGCCGCAGACCAAGAUCGCCGCCGACGCGGCGGCGGAGGCGGCCGCAGCGGUGCAGGCACCCGCCGGCACCCGCCGCUUCGCCACCUUCAGUGGCUACAGCCCAUCAGUGACGGCAUCCCCAUUUGCAGCAGCGGCGUUGGCGGCAGCGCUGCCGCCCCGCCUCAGCCUCAACGGUGCCGGCACCACCGCCGACGGCGGCAGCGGCAGCAAGCCCAGCGACGACGCCGGCCGCGGCUCCGGCGGCGCCGCCGCCACCGGAGUCGCCAAGCCAGCCGUCCCUGCGUCCAACCGCCGCGCCAGUGAAACAGGUGCCUUCAGGCCCAUUGCAGCAAGCGACCCAGGACUGCCUCAACAACAACAACAGCUACAGCCGAACGGGCUGCCGCCGCACCACCCGCCGCCGCCAGGCGCGCCCGCCGCCGCCGCCACCGCCCGCCACAGCCUCACGAUCACCGGUGGCGGCAGUGGCGCCGCCGCCGCGGCCGCGGCCGCCGCCGCGGCCGGUCGCUUCACGAGCCGCGUCAACGCUGCCGCAUCGCUGAUGCGGAGCAGCAACGUCAGCGGAAGCGGCGGUGUCAACAAGGUCCGCACCGGGCGUGAUGUCGCGACGCGGCUCGCCGACAUCACGUGGGGCAUGUUCCCGCGCACUGAGAGGUUGGCGACCAAGCGUGCCUCUGGUGCCCUCGUCCCGGCGUCGCCGGUGCGUGCCAGUGCGGGCAGCCAGCUCAGCGGCGGCAGCGGCAGCGGCUGCGGCACGCCCGCCGCCGGCGCCGCGGCGGCCGCCGACAGCCCGAACGCGCACCUGCGCUCCGUGCUAAAGCACACUCCGGGCAUCAAGCGCGCAAGCCUCUCCGGCACCUCCCUGGGCGCCGCCCCUGUGGCCGCGCCAAGCCCCGUUCCGCCGCUGCACUCGGGCCGGGAGGGCGCCAUUCUUGAUGUGCGCAUCAGCAGCUCCGCCGCCGGUCCCGCUGGCGCCAAUGGUGGCGGCGGAGCCGGCACCAGCGGAGACGCAGCGGCCGGGCCCCGCCUUGAGUUCCUGGUCCGAUGGAGCGGCAGCGCGACCGUGUCCCACGACGCCGUCGUGGCUGCUACGGCUGGGGCGGCUGGGGCGGCGGCAGCGGCGGCGGCGGCCGGUGUGUGGCCGCCUGCGCCUGCGGCGCGGCCGGCCCUCGUGGAGUGGGUGCCGACGGAGGGCGUACCAAGCAAGGCCGUUUUGAAGCGGUUUAUGGGCGGCAGCCCAAGGUGGGCUGCGCUGCGGUCGUCGCCUGCAUUCAAAGACUUCACGCAGCGCUGGCGCCACCGCCUGCCGCGUGUGGUGGUGGUCGUGGGUGAGGAUGGCUCCGUGUCAGCGUCCGAUGACUCAGACGUCGAGUAAAAGUAGAGGCGCGGCAGCCGCGGCUGUGGCAGCUGGUGAUGGUGCUAGUACUAGGGCUGAUACGACUGCUGAUGCUGGCGCUGGCGCUGGCGCUGGUGCUGGUGCUGGUGCGGCUGCGGGUGGCGGUUGUGGGGGUGUUUGUGGAGCUGCUGUUGCUUGGGUAGAGCGUCCAGGCGCUUCAGGAUGAUGUCACGUAUCUGGUAGAAGUGAUGCUGUGAUUCGCCUGAAACGUUGGUGUGUGGCUACGCGGAGCACACAGGCAUGCCGCCCAUCUGCUAUGUUUUUUGUUGCCCCGUUUACAUCGGGCCGUACAAUUUUGUGGACGGAGCAUAAGGCGCUGCAUGUGCACAUGUGGUGCUGGCGACAGUUGAUAGAACGCAAUAUGGGCAUUAUUGCAUUAUGGUACAAUGCGUAGAAGCAGUGUUGCUUUGCCUGGUGGCGGCUGCAAUGCGCGCGUGCGUUCGCGCGAACGGCAGGGGCAUAAGAAUGUCCUGGAAGGAUUGGCGGUCAUUCCAGCAGCGAUGUUGUGAGCGAGGCAACGCAUCUCGGUAUUCCGCAUGGCCAGCGGGCGAGGAAUGAAUGAAGACAAUGGCAAAUGCACACACAUACAUACAUGCACGCACUUGGCGCGAAGGAAUGUACGCAUACAUGUUUGUAUGCACUUGGUACAUAGGCAUUGCGAUGGGCGGGCGGGCGUUCUUGUGAUGAAGUCUACAACAAGCCGUGGUGCUAGGGAUUUGGGGCGGGGGCACACGUGAGGCACGAGGCCGGAUGGUGUGGCCUGAAAUACACAAGCGUAGGGACGCGGGGGGUAAGGGGCAGGCUCAUUUCAAGCAUGCAGUCUGAGUGGGAAGCCACAGGUUCCAAUACGGGGACCACUUGUCGUAUGGGCCUCUUGUAUCACGCAACACACUCAUUGGUGCUGCUGCAACAUCGCGGCCGGGAUAAAGAACAUGCAGGCAGGCAGGUAGACACGCAGGUGCACCUCGGCACAGCACGGUCACGUGAUACUUGGCGGGGUCGUAACUCCUGUGGAUGUAUGUGUGGAUGCAUGGUGUGUUGCUGGCCUUCUUGGGGUGUGUGGUAGGUUGUUGCUGCUGACGGCCUAAGUUUGGUGGGUGGUAGGAAUAAAAGCAAAGAUGUUUGCAGAGCUGCCAAGCGGAGUGCUUGGCCUAUACGGUACGACGUGCGAUUAUGGCAACCACACUCUUGUGAUAGAUGCGCAGUUUCUGGGACUCUGCUGGUUUAUAUUGCCGAUUUCGUUGAAGCAAAGAUGCGGGGCUGAAAUGCCUGCUUGUUGUGCGGGUCGCGGUUGUGGUUAUGUGGCUGGUGAAGCAGUUGUUGCGGUAGAUCCACACUUUCCUGGCGCUUCACCAAGCCCACUCUCCAAGUCCCCAUCCUGGAGAACGGAUGUGGGCCUUGGUGAGAGCGAGGCUCGUCUUGGUAAAACGUGUAUGGGGGGGUUGGUUUGAGUUCGGGGAGCAUCUGUACCAUGUGUAUUGACUGUACCGUAUUCUUGCCCACGUCUGGGUUCGGCACUGGUGUCUGCCGCUGAUCACGUGGACAGAGGUACCCCUAACGUUAGGACAGAGGCG